AUGGGGAUCGUCUACUCGGUCUCUCUGUCCAGCGUGUUCGGAUGGAUCUACCUGCUGGCUCUCACGUCGGUGGUGACCGAAAUCCUGUACCUGCUGGACACUGGCAACGACGCCGGCGGGUACGCCAUUGCUCAGGCCCUGUACGCCACCUUCCACCGGAGGUACGACACCGGCGCCGGCGGCAUCGCCUGCUUGGUCAUCAUCGCCGUCGCCGUCUUCCUCUGCGGCACCGCCUGCGUCACCAGCAACUCCAGGAUGGGCUAUGCCUUCUCCAGGGAUGGGGCGAUGCCAUUCUCGCAUGUCCUGUACGCCACUUCAACGUCGUCUGGCUCUCCAUGUCCGUGGCGUUCGUCAUGGCCCUCAUGGUGUGCAUGCGCUCUCAUCUCUCAACUUCUCAAGUACGUGUCUGCCAUGCAUGUGACUUCGUUGGGGAGCCAGGUGGCGUUCCAGGCCAUGGUGUCCAUCGUGACGCUGGGUCUAUACAUCGCCUACACACUGCCCAUCUUGUUCCGCGUGACGACGGCGAGGAGGUCGUUCGUGCCAGGGUCGUUCCACCUCGGGAGAUUCGGCGUCGCCGUCAGCUCGGUGGGCGUGCUCUGGGUGGCCCUCAUCACUGUGCUCUUCUGCCUGCCGGUGGCGUACCCUGUCACCAAGGAGACAUUGAACUACACGCCAGUGGCCGUCGGCGGUGUGCUGGUGCUCAGCCUCGCCGCGUGGGUGCUCCAUGCCCAGUUCUGGUUUCGAGGGCCUAUCACAAACGUCCUCCUCUUCCAACAUACUCCGUCCUCUACUCAGCCACAGCCGCCGCCGCAGUACCACCCUGCGUGCUUCUUCCAGCCCCAUCGUCGUCGUCUGGGUCGGGGAGGCGGGUGGCGGAACAUGAGCUGUGGCCGCGGAGUCCGGCGUGGUCGCGCCCGCCGUCGGACAGCGGCGGACGUCGUAGGCGCAGGAGCAGCUCCUCCUCGUGCCGCAUCGGCGCCACCAUAG